AUGGUUUCUGAUUUUUUCUAUCCACUUAUUGGUGGUGUUGAAAAUCAUAUAUAUCAAUUAUCACAAUGUUUGAUUCAACGUAAUCACAAAGUGAUUGUUGUUACACAUGCAUAUGAUGAUCGUGUUGGUGUUCGAUAUAUGACUAAUGGACUUAAAGUCUAUUAUUUACCAUAUAAACCUUUUUAUAAUAAUACAAUUUUACCGACUGUUUUUAGUACAAUUCCAUUAGUUCGUUCAAUUUUACUUCGAGAACAAAUCACUAUUGUACAUGGACAUUCUUCUUUUUCAACGUUAGCUCAUGAAACAAUGCAUCAUGCUAAAACACUUGGUAUUCAUACUGUAUUUACUGAUCAUUCAUUAUUUGGUUUUGCUGAUUUGAGUUCAAUAUUAACAAAUAAAGUUCUUCAAGUAUCACUUGUUGAUUGUCAUCAUAUUAUAUGUGUUUCACAUACGUGUAAAGAAAAUACAAUGUUACGUGCUAAUUUAAAAUCAUCUAAAGUAUCUGUUAUUCCCAAUGCUGUAGAUUCAUCAGCAUUCACACCUGAUACAAGUCUUCGCCCAUCAUCAUCAGAUGAAAUUGUUAUUAUUGUUGCCAGUCGUCUUGUUUAUCGUAAAGGAAUUGAUCUUUUAAUUGGUAUUUUACCGAAAAUUCUUCAAAAAUAUCCAAAUGUUAAAUUUAGAAUUGCUGGUAAUGGACCAAAAGAAAUUGAUAUUCGUGAAGUAAUUGAACGUGAAGGUACUGAAUAUCGUGUUGCAUUAGAGGGUCCAGUUAGUCAUGAUAAAAUGCGAGAUUUUCUCAAUAGUGGACAUAUAUUUUUAAAUACAUCGUUAACAGAAGCAUUUUGUAUGGCUAUUGUUGAAGCUGCUGCUUGUGGUCUUCUCGUUGUUUCAACUGAAGUUGGUGGAAUACCUGAAGUACUUCCGUCAAAUGAUACACAAUCCGAUAUAAUGAUCUUAUGUAAAGCGAAUAUAAAUGAGGUUUUUAUUGGUUUGUGUAAUGCUAUUGAUAGAAUACAAAUUGGUCAAAUACCUAAUGCUGAUGAAUGGCAUAAUAAAAUAAAACAUUGGUAUUCAUGGUAUUGGGUUGCACAGAAUACAGAAAUUGUUUAUAAUCAUAUAAUGACUCAAAAAUCAAUUAAUCUUAAAGAACGUAUUCAACGAUAUAAACAAUGUGGAUUUGUUAGUGGUUUAGUAAUGAGUUUUGUAGCUAUAAUAGCUUAUUUAAUAUUUCUUGUUCUUGAUUAUAAUCAACCUAAACGAUUAAUUGAUUUAUCUAUUGAUUAUAUGAGUUUAAUAAAAAAUCAUUUUGAAUAUUUAGCAAAUGAACUUAUACAUGACAUAUUUGAUUAUUUAUCAUCUAGUGAUUUAAUAGAAAGUUUUAGUCAUUUAAAUAAACGUUUUACAAUUCUUCUAUCACAACGUUUAUUAAAAAUUGAUUUAUCACAUGUAUCAAAAAAUCAAUAUGAAAAUUUAAUUCAUAUUAUACCAUUAAAUCAAAUAAAUUCUUUAAAAAUUUCACAUAAAUUAACAAUAAAUAUUUUAUUUCGUAUUUCAUUUAAUUUAAUGACUAAUCUUCAAAUAUUAAUAUUAUCUCAUGUUAAUUAUAAUGAUUUACGAUAUUUAUUUGAAAGAAAAAAUAUUUUUUUCAUUUUUCAACAGCUAAAUACAUUAAAAAUUCAAUCAACAAAUUUUAAUGGUCUUGAUCGAGAAAGAAUAUUUGUAUUAAAAAAAAUUUUUUCACAAAUGCCAAAAUUACGAAUAUGUCAAAUACCAUUGAUGGAUGUUAAUGAUUUUGAUGAUUUAAUACCUACAUUUACAUUAGAACAAUUAAUUAUUAAUUAUUGUACAAUGAUUUGUUUAGGUAAAUACAAUUUUUUAUUUUAA